GCAGAUUGGAGUCACAUGAUUAGCGCGCGCUCUCUUCCAUCGUUCUGUAAGUUCCGUGCUGACGUCAUCAAGCGGCGACAUCUAUGUCAGCGCUGGAACUUGUAAACUGCCUAUAGCAACGGGAAGGAUACAAUAGGUGGUUUAGUCUGAUCUAUGUGGACAUGAGCACCCAGUAUAGUAUCCUCUACAAGCAAGACCAAGCCCAUAAUGAUGCCGUAUGGUCUGUUGCAUGGGGGAAGAAUAAAAAUGAUGGAACAGAAACAGUGAUUAGUGGUUCCCUAGAUGAUUUGGUGAAAGUUUGGAAAUGGACUGAUGAGCGCUUAGACCUACAAUGGACACUUGAAGGCCACCAGCUAGGAGUGGUAUCUGUGGAUGUGUGUCCCAAUGGUAAUAUUGCCGCCUCUAGUUCUUUAGAUGCUCACAUCCGACUAUGGGACCUUGAGUCUGGCAAGCAGAUCCGCUCCAUCGAUGCUGGACCAGUGGAUGCUUGGUCUGUUGCCUUUUCACCGGACUCUCAGCAUUUGGCUACUGGAAGUCAUGUUGGAAAAGUGAACAUCUUUGGUGUAGAGACUGGAAAGAAAGAAUACUCCCUGGACACCAGAGGCAAAUUCAUCCUUAGUAUUGCUUAUAGCCCAGAUGGAAAGUAUCUGGCUAGUGGUGCCAUAGAUGGGAUCAUCAAUAUCUUUGAUAUUGCCACUGGGAAGCUUCUCCACACGUUGGAAGGUCAUGCUAUGCCAAUCAGAUCAUUGACGUUCUCCCCAGAUUCUCAGCUGCUAGUUACAGGUUCUGAUGAUGGAUAUAUCAAAAUCUAUGACGUACAACACGCCAGUUUGGCCGGAACACUCAGUGGACACGGCUCCUGGGUGCUGACUGUGGCUUUCUCUCCUGAUGAUGCUCACUUUGUCUCUAGCUCUUCUGACAAAAGUGUAAAAGUGUGGGAUGUUGCCAGCAGAACUUGUGUUCAUACUUUCUUUGAUCACCAAGAACAGGUUUGGGGUGUACGGUACAACAGGAACGGAUCAAAAAUAGCCUCUGCUGGAGAUGACCAGGAAAUUCAUAUUUAUGACUGUCCCAUUUAACAUGUAAUCCUACCCUGAUGGGGAAAUGAACUGGCAGAGACCUAUGUCAUUCCAGCUAGUCUCUUCCCAAUAUAAAAUGUCAUCUGAUCAGACCAUCAAUUAUACCCCAGACCUGUAUGUGCUGCUGCUGGGCAUGAGGAGGUAUAUUUAUUUGGAUGAAAUUGCAUCACAUGAACAAACUGCAAUCAAAAUUGGCGUUUGGAAAUAACUGGCUGUUUUUUUUUUUUUUUAAUGUUGUUUUCCCUCUUUGGCAGCGCAAGUACAAAUAUAACAUUUUUAACUUGUCACUUUUUUAAUAGAGUAUAUUCUGAAAUAUGCAUGUUGAGCAAUGAUCAUAUAUCUUUAUUUAUGCCACCCCCUUUGGUGUAUGGCCAGAUUCACAAUACACUGUGCCUCCAUUGUGAUAAGCUGUAACACUGACACAUCUGUAAGUUCAUACUGACAUUUACUGGUAUUGGGGGUAUAUAGAGUAAGGCUGCAUUCACACCAUAUGGGGGUAUGGCAGCCAGAUCCGGUGGGAGAAUAAUAAUAAUAAUAAAAUAAUAAUAAUAAUAAAAAUAAUAAUAAAAAAAAAAAAAAAUUUGGCCUCUGCCGGACCGCACUGCACCCCGUUCAUUUUUUUUAUUUUACGCUGCAAAUCCGCUGGUGAAGGCCUGCUCUAUGCUGUCUUCACAUGUGCCUGCUCGUAGUAGCAAUACGCCGCUACCAGCAGGCACACUGCGAUGUGCGAGUCGCAGUAUACUCUCACAUUGCGGGAGCUCUCUGCCUAGCUCAGAGCAGGGAGAGUGGCCGCGAUGUGGGAGUAGGCCGCACACAUCUCUGCACUGUGUCUGCUGGUAGCGGUGUAUUGCCGCUACCAGCAGGCACAUGUAAAGCCAGCAUACAGCGGGGCCUUCACCAGCGGAUACGCAGCUAAAUACGCUGCGAAAAUCUGCACGUGUGAACGUACCCUUAAGCGGGUUAACCCAGUGUUUCCCAACCAGUGGGCCGCUAGCUAGUGCAAAACUACAACUACUAACCUUUGGCUGUACGGACGUGCUGUUAUGCAACAUCUGUAAUCCCUAUUGGUGAGUGAUCAUACAACCAUGAACUUAUGGGUCACAAGACACUUAGACAGCAUCGUUUCACCAGAGUCAAUGGGGGACAUGUUUUAUUUAUUUAUAUAACUCCUACAGAUUCCGCAGCGCUUACAAUUAUGGGGUACAAACAAAGACAAGUAUCAGACAUAAAAUUACACAAUAACUAUUCAAACGAGGUGUGGGGAUAUGUUGGGGAUAUGUUGAGGCCAAUUAGAGACUGUUAUAGGCCUGUCUGAAGAGAUGUGUUUUUAGGCCACGUUUGAAACUAUGGAUGUUGUUGUUGAGUCUGAGGUAUUGAGGGAUAGCAUUCCAGAGAACCAUUGGUGUAGGUAGAUGGGUUUUUUUUCGGUCUAAAUUUGGUGCAAUUCACCAUACUUGUGCAAGGCGCAUGAUAAAUUUUGUGCAAAGUUCUAAAUCUCCACACAGUUCUAUUUGUACACCUGAGCUGCACCUCACAGGAAAAGUGGUGUGUCCUGGAUACUGGUAUUUUGUUCUGUUGCUUUGAGGCGCGGAUUCCAUAGAUGUUUUUUGUCCACCAGCAAAAACCCCAGAAAAACUGCCACAGCUUUUUCCAGCAUUUUGGCAGUUUUUGGGGUUUUUUUUAGGGUCCCGUCCUACAGAGUGUAAGGAGGUCAGGAGUGAUGUAUAGCAUAACUAUUCACCUCCCCGGGCCAUAUAGUAUACAGGGGUGCAUAGUGUUCCCAUGUAUACUAAACAGGAGUGCAGCUUGGAAAGAGUUAAGCCACGCUGCUGCUGAGCAGUUCUUGGUUAAGUCUUUGUGCGCUAUCCUGUAUAUACAGCCAUCUAUAGAUGACUGUGUAUACAGUAUGCAGACAUUAACAAUUGGAGGCUCCCUAUUUAGGAACACACUGCAGUAUGGGCGCACCCCCUAUAGAAGAGCGCCAAAAAAGUACUAACAUUUUUUUUCCCCUAAUUUCAGAUACGUGAAUGACUACAUCAGAUUUGGUGGAAUGUGAUGAUGACCAGCAUUUUUAUUUUUUUUUUCCAAUAAAAAGGUUGAGGUUACCAGGGUGGGCGAGGACCAUUGUUACCUGCCAUCCUCAGCCUAAAUAAUGCCAGCCUUUUACCGCCUAGACCCAGGAGCACCAUAUUUGAUGCUCCGGGCCUGUUUGGUAACGGCUUUUCCCAGUAUCGGGGUAAUAUUUAGGGGCUAGCUGUUUGUGGGGCGAACGCUAAGCCCGGCUUAGUAAUGGAUUCCGUCUACAAGACGGCUGCCACUACGAAGCCUGAAAAUGCAAUUAUAAAAAACAAUGUCCAGUAAACUUGCAUCACUUCUUGAAGUGUUGUACUUUGGACAUAUAAAAGACUUCUAUGGGAGAAAAAAAAAAAGACCAAGAAAAAUUUAAUGACUUGUAAUGAGAAAAAAAAAGCUCCAUAUUAAAACGCCUAUGCUAAAUCCCACUAGUUAAAAAAAAAGAGUGCAAAAUGAGGGGGAGUGUAAAAAAAAAAUUUUUUUUAAAUAAGUUGCAUAGAAACAGCCUCAUCAAAGUUUUUUUUUUCCCUUACAAAGCAUGGUUGCAAAAAACUCUAUGGGCGAGAUUUAUCAAACGAUGGGCAAAGGAACAGUGGUGCAACCUAUCAGAUUACAGCUUUCAUUUUUUAUUUUUUUUUAACCCCUCUUCUCCCCAUGACGUAUGGUUGCGUCCUAGGAAGGGGGGCGGCUAUGGAGCGGAAUUGUGAUGUCAUCCACAGGGGUGUGGAAAUUUAAAAAAAAAACUACUUGUCCAAGGGACUAAAACGGAGCAGAAUCUACUUGUCCCUCAUAAAAAUUCACUUGUCCUGGUACAAAAUAAUUUUAACCCAAAUAGUAUGUAAAUAAGGUCUAUAAUCAAUAAAAACUUGAUAGGCAGACCAGUAUGUCACCCCAUUAGGUGUAUACGGUCCCUGAUAAGUAAGUCUGCCCCAUUAAUAGAAUACUGCAGUGCAAAAUAACUUAUCCUGACCGCUGGGAAACCCCUCCCCCUGAUCUUUUGUAAGGGGCCCUGGCACAAAUGGGGGCUUGUCUGCACGACGCAGCGUCUGACUCGCCCCCCCAUAGAUACAUGGAGGGGGCAUUUCAGCAGCCGUGUCAUGCAGAGACCGAACAUUGCCUUCAUGCCGUCUGCUGGGGGCUCAUACAAGAGAUGGGGGGGGUUGUCCCAGCAGUUAGACCCCCGCGAUCACUUAUGGGGAUAAGUGAUUUUGCACUACAGUAUUCCUUUAAGUAGGUAGUCCCCCUUCAGGUAGGUAUGUCGCUUUAUCAGGUAGGGAUCAAAAAGGGCCCCCUGCUCCAUUAUAUUGAUCAGGACCACUGAAGAGUAAUUUCGGGGUCCCCACCUUCCACCAUACCAUUCAAUGAUGGCAGGCCAGAGCAGCAGAGCGCAGAGAACACUGAUUGAAUUGAACGAUUCCAUGUAAUAGUCCACUAUGGGGACUUAAAAAAUAGGGAUAAAUGUGUUUAACCCCUCCCCCUAAUAAAAGUUUAACCCCUUUAGGACUCAGCCCAUUUUCACCUUAAGGACGCAGCCAAUUUUAUUUUUGCAUUUUAGUUUUUUCCUCCUCACCUUCUAAAAUUUAUAACUCUUAUAUUUCCGUUCUCAGACCCAUAUGAGGGCUUGUUUUUUGCAUGACCAGUUUUACUUUGUAAUGACAUCACUCAUUAUACCCUAAAAUGUAUGGUAAACCCCCCCCCCCCC